AGUAUUUCGCAAAGAGCUGAGCAAGCAUCUAUGAACGUGUUCUAAAGUUUUGCUGUAGAUACCAUAAGUUGCCUCGGAACACCCGUUAGCAAGUCCGCUCAAGCACGAAUUCAUGGAUCAAGGCACCAUCAUAUGCCAGGCACCGAGUUUACUUUUGACAAGUCAUUAGAUUUUUUUCAAAGCCCUGUAUCGGUGGAUUGUGGUCAGGUGUACCUCAAAAGCUCUCUUGUUGGUCCCUCAAAUGCGCCAAAGGUGAUGUGAAUCUCAAGCGGACACAUUGAACUUUUUCCAUAAGUAUGGCUCCACCUGCAAGAGGACGAGGAAAUGUUUGGGCUGGAGGAAAUCCCAUCAGUAAAGCUCCAUCUGCAAGAGGACGAGGAAAUGUUUGGGCUGGAAGAAAUCCUCCUGUACCUCAGAUGUCCCAAGCUGAACGUAAUUUCCAAGAAGCCAAGAAGAAAAAUGAAGAAAAUGUGAAGCGAGCCCUUGAAAACAAUUACGAAACAUCUUCAGACGAAGAUGAACUUGAUACUAAUCAGGAUAACUCCGACAAAUCAUCAGUACUCUCAUCAGUCCUGAAAGCAUACGCCAACUUAGGAGGCUCUGUUAGUCAUAUUGGGAGAACUGAGCAUGACAUAGAAAGUCAACUUCAAUCAGGAGCUAUUACGUGCCUUAUCUGUAUAAGCAGCGUCAAACGACCAGAACAAAUAUGGACUUGCCAAAAGUGUUUUUGCAUUUUUCACCUACAAUGUAUGAGGCUUUGGGUGCGUGACAGUGUCUCCCUCAAAAGGAUCAAGGAGCCUGGGAAACAUAAUGUUAAUUGGAAUUGUCCAAACUGUCGGAGUGAAUAUGAGCCGAGUGAAGCACCUGAGCGUUAUUUUUGUUUUUGUGGAAAAACAGAAAACCCCCAAGUUCACCCAUGGCUUAUCCCACACAGUUGCGGUGAAACCUGUGAAAAACCGCUACAGCCAUUUUGCGGUCACUAUUGUCUUCUCCUUUGUCAUCCUGGACCAUGUCCACCUUGUCCAAAAACAGUAACGUCUAAGUGUUAUUGUAAAAACAGUUCAAAACAGCAGAGAUGUGGAGCACAAGAGUGGUCCUGUGGGACAAUAUGUAAAAGGCCGCUUUUGUGCAAAAAACACAACUGCACACAGGUUUGUCAUAAGGAUGAUUGCGCAGCUUGUCCGAAACAGUCCAGCCAAAAGUGUUUUUGUGGCACCUCAACACAAACAAGACCAUGUGCCUCUCCUCAGUGGCAAUGCACUAAAGUCUGUGGGAAGCCUUUAGACUGCGGCAACCAUGUGUGUGAAACAGUUUGUCACAGUGGCCCGUGCAAACCGUGCCCAAUAAAUGGUGUACGGACAUGUUCCUGUGGUAAAACCACCUAUGAUCUGCCUUGUAAUGUACCUGUACCCAACUGCGGGGAUACCUGCGAUAAACUGCUUGAAUGUGGAUCUCAUAAGUGUAUCCAAAGAUGUCAUAAUGGUAAAUGUGGGUUGUGUCUAGAAAGGAUUGUAAAGGCAUGUCGUUGUGGCAGAAAUUCGAAGGAAGUUCCUUGUGCCAAGCCUUUUUUGUGUGAGACAAAGUGCAAGAAAACGAAGGAUUGCCUGAAUCACCCUUGUAAUCGGAAAUGCUGUGAUGGAAAUUGUCCGCCGUGCGAAAAAAAGUGUGAUAAAACCUUAAGCUGUCACAAUCACAAGUGUGGUAGUAUGUGUCAUCAAGGACCAUGUUUUCCAUGCAUGCUCAAAGUGCCAAUCACUUGUAAGUGUGGUGGUACUAAAAUCGAAGUUCCCUGCGGGACCAAAAAAAGAAUCAAGCCGCCAACGUGCAACAAGCUUUGCAAGUUGCCAUCUGCGUGUCACCAUCCUCACAGGGAGGAAAGGCACAAAUGUCAUUUUGGGUUUUGCCCACCUUGUGAGCAAAAAUGUAAUCUCAGAUUAAAAUGUGGACAUCACUGUCAGGCUAGAUGUCAUUCUGCAGUUGUUGUAGAUGUCACUCCCAAAAACUCUACUUUGAAGGGAGUUGUAAAUAAAGCUCAGAAAAAAUUACCAUGCCCUGAGUGCAAAGAGCCUGUGAUUAUAUCAUGUUUAGGGGGCCAUGAGCAAAUGACUGUUCCGUGUAAAGAAGCUAAACCUACCGCCUGCGGCAAUGCGUGUGGAGCACCUCUCGAAUGUACUAAUCAUUUUUGUAAUAAGCUUUGCCACGAUAGGAAAAUGGAGAAAUGUGAAAGCUGUGAUCGCCAGUGCGAGAAACCAACCCUGGAAGGUUGUACACACCCGUGUCUCAUGACUUGUCAUCCAGGGAAAUGCAAACCUUGUACAAUGCUAUUGAAGAAGCGAUGUCACUGCAAUGUAAUGCAGAAGUACAUAAAUUGUGUUGAUUGGUGCUCAAGUGAUGCUGAGCAGAAAAUUAAAUUGCAGUCUUGUGGAGGACCAUGCCCUAAAACGUUACUUUGCGGACAUCCAUGCACAAAAUUGUGCCACCCGGGCGAGUGUCCAAAUGCAGACCCUUGCCGGAAGAAAACUAAAAUUUCUUGUUCUUGCAACAGGAUCAAAGUUAGUGUGUCCUGCGAUCAGGUUCGAGCUGGCAAAAUAGUUGAAUGCGAUGAUGUGUGCAAAAAACAGAAAGAAGCUGAGAUCCAGCGAAAAAAAUCGGAAGAGGCUGAACGAGAGAAAAUUCAGAAACAGAAAGAACAGGAAGAAUUUGAAGCAUAUCAGAAGAAAAUGUCACGAGGGCCAAGAAGGAGGAAUGACCAUCGAAGAAGAGAGGGAAAGGAGUCUCACUCUGUUGAUCAUUACAAACUCAUCAUAUUAGGUUUUGCCGGUUUACUUUUAUGCGCACUUCUGACUUACUACUUUAUGAGUUAGUGAAAGUCCGUCAUCAGCAGAGUAGGCAAAUUAAUCAACAUUUAAGAUUGAUUAUAAUCUACCAUUUCAGUGUUCAAUAGCCAACCAAUCUAACAUUGUACAUCAUUUGUAAGUGUUAGGAAGUUUAGUCAAAGCCAUGAGCCGCCAGUGGCCAGGAUGUACAGAAUUUAAUUAAUUAUAAUUUCUGAUAAGAAACACACCAAAGAACAAAGAGAGCGGAAGAAGUGAAUCGAACUACUUGUAGAUUAGGUAGGAGAGCUGAAGUCACACCCUACGUUCAGGUCUGGCAAAAUUGAUAUCCCUUAACAAUACCAACAGUAAUUUAUUCCAAAAAAACUAAAACUUCUUCGAUGUCCGAUGAUUAUAGAGAAAACAAAUAAAAAAACACAGGAAUUGGCUAUUUCAGAUAUACUAGGAGGACCCUGCGCUUUAAAUGCGUACAAAUAAAAAUUGUAGUGGAACUCAUUAAAGUAAGAUUGAUUAUUAUGAAAUAAUCAAUUUUCGUUCGGUAGAAUUGAAUGCCCUCUAAAUAUUUUUGCUUUCUCAGUAUCAGAAAAUUCAGCCAGGCUAGAAAUUGCCCCUAAUGAUUUUCAAAAAAAAGAAAAAAAAUGAAGUUAAGCAUAAGUAAUACUCAGCACUCAUGUAGUUCAGUUACAACAUGGUGUUCAAUCAAACUGGUGCUAUUAAAGUCAGUCAUCUGGCACGGAUUAACGGUUUUACAAAAAUCGACAAUGAUUCUAAUUCUCCCAGUUUUCUCUCUAACUGGCCCAAUGGUUGAAGCCCAUCCAGAGUAUGUAGCAGGUUCUAGUCUUCAAGGUUUUACUAGAUUGAGAACUAUGUUAUGAACUUCCUCCAAUUGACUAGAUGUAAUUUUGAAGAAUUUAUGCAUUGGGUCCAUGUUGAAAUUCUACUCAAUUUUUUUUAGUGCAUACUCUCACCAUGACAUAUACAUUACUGAUAGAAGGUAGGUAACCAAGGAGAGAAAAAAAAAUUGUGAUGUGUUUUUUUCAGCAGAAAAUUAAAUUCAACGAUUCACUACCUCGAACAUUCACAGCUGAAAAGCUUUACAAAAUGCACAAUACUUUGUACAAAUUUAGCAAUGUAGAAUACAUGCCAGUAGGAAUGCCCAGUGGACAUUGCCCACUUUAAUUUUCUUUUCAGAAAAACCUGCCAAAGGACCUUUGUACUCGAACUUUUUCUGCUGGAUGAUUUUUCUACAUAUCUUUGUUUUAUAAUGCAACUUGUGAAAGCUGCUCUUUUAUCACCAGUCAGUUUCUCUCAACAUAGCCAAUGUUUUGAUAGAUUUUUCAGUAUCCCAUUGUUAAUGUCAGACUCGUUAUAAAUUGUUCAUACUUCCGUACUUUUUUCACCAUUUAAAUGACCUUUUUCACCAUGUAUUCUGAUUUUAAACGAUUCUUUUUAUCUUAGUCCCAACGUAAAAUUUGAUUGUUUAAGAAACAUUGCUCAAUUUUCUUUGACCCAUUUUGAAUUUUCAUAAUUUUAUCUUGAUCUUUUUUCAUUAUAUCUUUUUUGUUCUAUACAAAACAUGUUUGCUCAUUUGACAAAAUAAUUUAAAAAUAAAUUAUAUUUUUGCUGCACUGGA